UUUACCAUUUUGACAAGUCGACUUUAUAUUACUGUCAAUCAACACAGAUGACACUUUUACUGCAAAAGUGCUUCAAAGUUUCAAAAGUUAUCUUUAAACUUAAUUGUUUCCAAGUUUUCUUAUAUUCACAGGCGCAAAAAUAUGCAAGUUUCCAGAAAGUAUGACAUUAUUGUGAUUGGUGGCGGCAUUAUUGGUACAGCUAUCGGAAAAAUUCUGAAGGAAAAUCUGAAACUCGCAAAAAUAGCACUGUUAGAAAAAGAAGAAGCUCUCGGUCGGCAUCAGAGCAGCCACAACAGUCAAGUGCUCCAUGCUGGGAUCUACUACAAAUCUGAUUCUUUAAAAGCCAAACUGUGUGUAGAAGGCGCAAAAUUGAUUUACGAUUAUUGUAAUAUAAAAAACAUCCCAGUCAAGAAAUAUGGUAAAUUAAUUAUCGCUCGAGACGUAUUGGAUAAAUAUCGUCUAAAAGAAUUGUACAAACAAGGCUUGAGAAAUAACGUGUCUGGUAUAGAACUCCUUGAGUGGAAAAGUGUUAAAAACAUUCAACCCCAUUGCCAGGGUUUGCAAGCACUAUGGUCCCCAAACAGUGGCAAUAUUAAUUGGGAAGUGGUGACUAAAAGUUUCGCAGAAGACUUUAAAAAUGCAGCUGGGGAUAUAUUUCUCGAUUUUGGGGUAAAAUGUAUUAAAGAGUCGAACGAAGCUUCACACCCUUUGAUAAUCAUGGGGGAAAAAGGAAAUUUCUUGGCGAAAUACGUCGUUACUUGUCUUGGUUUGUACUCGGGUUCGCUUACUGGACCACAGAAUGGUUUCGAAAACGUUUCCUUGCAAGUCAAUUAUUAUACAUUAAAUCCACGGCUUAAUCGUUUUGUCAAAACCAAUAUUUAUGCAAUCCCCCAUAUCGACAUGCCCUUCAUAGGCGUCCAUUUCAGUCCCACUGUCGAGGGCGAAGUCCUACUAGGACCAAGUGCCAUUCCUGCCCUGAAACUGGACAGUUAUGAUAAGUCUGCAAUUGACAUCACGUAUAUUCGAAACAAGGUUUUUUCCAAAAAUGUUGGAUUUUUGUUUUUGAAAAAUUUCCAGACUUGUUUGCACCAAGUGACUGAAGCAGUUUCCGGGGAUUUUCGAACCGCCGUUUUGAAUAAAUACUUACCAAUGAUUUCAAAAAAUGACAUUCUUCCGGGUCCCACAGCUGUGCAAGGCCAGAUUGUGACGAAAGAUGGGGAAUUUGUUGAUGAUUUUUUAUUCGAGAUAUUCGAAGGCGAGGGAGUGCAAAAACGGAUUAUUAACUGUAGAUUUGUUCCAAGUCCUGGCGCAACCAGUUCUUUGGCCAUUGCCAACAUGGUAUAUGACAAAAUACGAAAAGUUGACAAUUUUGGAAAUUAG